CCACUUCUUAAUGCCGGUGUUUGAUUGGUCGGGAGCACAGUGCCCACGACCGCAUUGGCUGUUGUGUGUGUGUUUUUUUUGUUUUUUUCUCUCACAAGGGUCCCAAACUACACCGAGAUUUGGAAUAUUACGUUACAGUCGUGCGGGAAAAUGGCGACUGUCAUUCAUAAUCCUCUAAAAUCGCUCGGCGACCAGUUCUACAAGGAGGCCAUCGAACACUGCCGCAGCUACAAUGCCCGCCUGUGUGCCGAGCGCAGCGUGCGCAUGCCCUUCCUGGACUCGCAGACGGGCGUGGCGCAGAACAACUGCUACAUCUGGAUGGAGAAGUGCCACCGGCAGCCAGGCCAAGCAGCAGGACAGAUGUACACCUAUCCAGCGCGUUGCUGGAGAAAGAAGCGGCGACUCCACCCUCCCCUGGAUCCCCAGCUCCGCCUGUGUGAGCUUCGACUGGAGGCCGAGCUGGCCCCCAAGCGCGAGGUGCCCCCAGUGGAGGCCACGGCCUUGGAGGCCCUCCUGAGGGGGGACAGCCUGGUGGAGAAAAAAAACAACAUCUGUAAGGAGGAGGAAACGUUGCUGGAAAUACAGAGAGUUCUGGAGGCGGAGGAAAACGGGGACGGUCUCCAUGAUGACGAAGACUUUGAACAGGAUACUCCAAAGAGAAAGAACAGAAACAGAGGGAAAAACAGAGGAUCCAGUCGCCGGAGGACGGAGCCGGUGAACGCCGACGACCAGGACAAGCCUUACGUCUGUGACAUCUGUGGCAAGCGCUACAAGAACCGGCCCGGCCUGAGCUACCACUACACCCACACUCACCUGGCGGAGGAGGAGGGCGAGGAGGAGGAGAAGGAGUCGGACAUGGCCCCGUCUCCUCCGUUUUGCCCAGACAACCACAAACGUGAGCUGCGGCCGAGCGGUUCGAUCCCGCGGUUCUCGGUGAACCGGGUGACCUCACGCGCCCUUCUGUUUUUCUCCGCGCCGACAGCUCAGAAGGCGGCGGACGGCACCAUCAUCCCCAACGACUACUGUGACUUCUGCCUGGGGGACCAGGACUCCAACAGGAAGACGGGCCAGGCCGAGGAGCUGGUGUCCUGCUCCGACUGCGGGCGCUCCGGUCACCCCACAUGUCUGCAGUUCACUGAUAACAUGAUGCAGGCAGUGCGGACGUACCAGUGGCAGUGCAUAGAGUGCAAGUCUUGCAGCCUCUGUGGCACCUCAGAGAACGAUGACCAGCUGCUGUUCUGUGACGACUGUGACCGGGGAUACCACAUGUACUGCCUGAAGCCUCCGAUGACCAAGCCUCCGGAAGGGAGCUGGAGCUGCCACGUGUGUCUGGACCUGUUGAAAGACAAGGCCUCCGCCUACGGAGAGGCUUGACUUCCCCGGACAUCCUUCUCAACACACACGUACACACCAAAUAUAUAUAUGUGUGUAUAUACACUACCGUUCAAAAGUUUGGGAUCACUUAGAAAUGACUUUAUUUUUCAAAGAAAAGCACUGUUUUUUCAAUAAAGAUAACAUUAAAUUAAUCAGAAAUACACUCUCUACAUUGUUAAUGUGGUAAAUGACUAUUCUAGGUGGAAGUGUCUGGUUUCUAAUGAAAUAUCUCCAUAGGUGUAUAGAGGCCCUUUUCCAUCAACUAUCACUCCAGUGUUCUAAUGGUACAUUGUGUUUGCUAAUCGCCUUAGAAGACUAAUGUCUGAUUAGAAAACCCGUGCAAUUAUGUUAGCACAGCUGAAAACAGUUAUGCUGGUGAUAUAAGCUAUACAACUGGCCUUCCUUUGAGCUUGAAGUUUGAAGAAAAAAAUUAAUAUUUCAAAUAUUAAUCAUUAUUUCUAACCUUGUCAAUGUCUUGACUAUAUUUUAUAUUCAUUUGAUAAAUAAAAGUGUGAUUUUUCAUGGAAGACACGAAAUUGUCUGGGUGAUCCCAAACUUUUGAACGGUAGUGUAUAUAUACACACAUAUUUAUAUAUUUGUACCUAUACAUUAACUGUUUGACAUACCUGUAAGCAAACACGCUUCUCUCAGAUAGAAUGACACAUUCUCACACACACACACACACACUCUUUCUCACACACACACACACACUCCAGUGCAUUAGCAGGCUCAGGGCAGGUUUUCCUGUUUGACGCGCAGCGACCUUUGACCCCUCGUGUAGCCGAGCAACACUCCCCUCGGCCGUAACAGGUCAUGCCGUCCGGUCAUCUCUCUCUACCUCACCACUCGGCGGGCGGCGCCACGCCAAAGCAAGAUUGGCAACGGCCCAAUACUGUGUAGUACAUGUGUAUGUGGAAAUACAUCCCCCCCCCCCCCUGAUUUCAGUUCAUUUGAGUCCGUCGCGCUGAAGCCGUUUCCCUUGCUUCCCCUCGUGGGUUUGACUGUUUGUUUAGGUUCUCCGUCUCCGGCUCGACUCCUCAGCCGCGGUCCGACUCUUCUUGACGUUCCUCUCCUUCAUAUCCGGACAGACUCGGUCUUAGUUAUGCCGUAUUUUACUUUUUGGGGGGGUUUUGUCGAGCUCGGGUGAUUUUCCAUCCCUCGCAAAGAGGAAGCAGAGCGGUACAAAAAUAGGAAAAACAACGCCUCGGCUAUCAAUCUUUGUUUGGGGGAGCGCGGCGACGUUCGUAAUCCGCGUCCGUCUUCUGUUUCCUCCGCUGUCAGCCGGACGCCGCGGCGCUCAACGGGACACUUUACAAAACGAAUAAUAACAUUUCUUCACGUAGAAUUAUUAUUAUUUAUUUAUUGGUCCAGUUUUACUGUCGAGGAGAUCAUUGUUACUGUAAAUCAGUGGUUCCCAAACGUUUUAAAGCCCCCAAAAAACACAUACAUUGAAUUAUUGUUUGCUGAGGAAAGUAUUCACAAAAGGAGAUUAAAUAUAUUUAAAUAACGUCAACAAAAAAAAGCAUUUUCCCAGAAUUUCCACUUUAUGUUCUGGUGUUCAAUAUGAAUAUGUUAUCUAAACGUGUCUUUACUCAAGACACAAGGAUCACCUGAUGUUGUGUAACUCUAGAUUACAGCUGUAGAGGUGACGCGUUAGCCGAGGGUGCGAAUGUUUGCAGCCCACGCCCGAUUAACAGUUUUAUGUAUUCCUUACCAUCAAACUUGUUUUAUUAUUUUAAUUUUUUAAAGGUACUGCCCUCCGACUCUGAAUACAGAGUAUCACUCUUCCACAUGUCCCACGUAGCUUCGUUGCUUCAGCAAGUGGACAAAAUCCCCGACUGGACAGUGGGCCAUAUUUGGAAAAAUGCUUUUUAAUGAGCGAUCCGCUUAUAUAAUAUAUAUAAUAAUAUCCGUAUUAGUUGCACUUCGGUUGGACAUUUAAAACCGAAUCUACUGGUGAAAAGGUUUUUUGUGUGUGUUUUGUGGCCCUUGCAGUACCUAUGCGGCCCUCUAGGGGGCUCCACCCCACCAUUUGGGAACCACUGUUGUUCAUCAACCAGAGAAAUGUGUGUAGAAUCAUAUUUUGACCGAGCAGUUGGGACGAUGUGUUCGAUGGGAACGUGAAUUCUCCGAAGCCCCAUCCGUGUAAUUUGCAGUAUUUUCUUUACGGAACAGAUUUGGUAGCACUAAUCCAAACGGUCGUGAAAAGGAAGAACCUUGAAGAAUAAUCUGAAAACUAAACAUAAAAAGCUCUUAAAGUACACGUCGUGUGUCUCAGCCUUCACAGGAUGUCACAAUCUGCAUUUGUGUUUUGAUUUUUUGUUUUUUGUUGGUGUGAGUUUAUAUUUGAUAUUACUUUUCCACAGACAAUCAUGAGCUAGUGUAGAUACAGUACAUGAUGUUAAUAAUAAUACGAAGAGGAUUUUAUUGUGUCGUUCCAUGGCGGGUGUCAUGGUCCUUUGUGUCUUCCUUUUUUGUUUUUUAAACGUCUUGGAUGUCAUUCUUAUUUGAUGCCAUCGCCGUCAGUGGUUUAACAUGCGUGUUGUGUUUUGUCAAAGUAAAUGUUGUUGUUUUUGUGUUGAAAUAAAGAUUUGUUUUGUUUUUUC